AUGAAUUCGGGUGCCUCACCAGUUGAAAAGAAGCCUGAUUAUCUCCAGCCGCUCUCUGAGCGAUCUGAGCGACGAGUGAAGAAGGAAAUGUUCAGGCCAUCUGGACUGCCGUCGCCCCAGUUCGCUAUCAGCAACGUUAUAUGGGCCGAGGACGGAACAACAUCCUUCAUGCUUGAUCUGCAGGAUCGAGAGCUUUUCAACCGGUUUCAUUACCGCACCCUAUACUCUCUCGGUGAUUCUGCACUGGUGGAGAUUUAUGAAAAGCAUUUGUUCGGGCUUUGUUUUGCUUGUCCAUUCCUAAUGCAUGGUAGCCUGGCCGUGACGGCUGUCCAUGACCGUUACCUUGGCGUGGCGCCACCAUAUCGUCGCUCUUUGCGCGAAUCGUAUCACCUGUCUCAAUGUACAACGUUGUUUAACAGGUGGUUGUGCCAGCCUAUCAAGGAAGAACACAAGGAUCCUCUGUGGGCCACAGCCGGCUCUCUCGCCAUCUUGACCUUCUCCUCCAUCCAUGCUUGUUUCCCUGAAGAAGCAUGGCCUCUCGGAGUACCCGACUCCGCGGAUCUAGAGUGGUUACGUAUCGGAACCGGCAAGAUGACACUAUGGAAUCUGGUCAAUCCUUUGCGGCCGGAAAGUGUCUUCCGGGCCAUGUCCGGGAUCUUCGCAAAUAUGCAUCGGCCCUUGCCGAAAAACGGCACAGACGGCGUAUCGGUCGAAUUAGUGCAAUUAUGCGGGCUUGACGAGUCAUCAACGCAAGAGAAUAACCCUUACUUCGCGGUUGCACAUAGCCUGUCUCGGCUUUUGGCGGCAUCGAAGGGGGAGGCUCCGCAAGGCGCAGUCAUCCAGGUCCUCAGACACAUGCAUGACGAGUUUGGGACCCGCUUGGGGGAGAAAGACCCUGUGGCACUUCUGCUAUUGUGCUUGUGGUACACCAGAGCCCGUGCAAGUAAAUGGUGGAUUGACAUUCGUGCUAGAUAUGAACUCCCGGCGAUUUGUACCUACUUGCAGCGAUAUCAUAGUGGCGACAGCAUCAUCCAGGCACUUAUACCUUGGGACGAAAUAAAGGUUCUUGUGUGA